AUGUCAGCAGAUCAGAUUUCACGUCAGUUCCUUGAACACUACUACAAUACCUUUGAUGCUGAUCGUAAAGCUUUGGCUCCAUUAUAUACUCCACAAUCAGUAUUGACAUGGGAAGGAAAAGCCAUUCAAGGAAAAGAUAAUAUUAUCAAUCAUGUUAGUUCAUUACCAUUCCAAAAUGUAAAACGUAGAUUAAAUACUCUCGAUUAUCAACCAACUUCAAACGGUCUUAUGAUUAUGGCUACUGGUGAUCUUUCAAUUGAUGGUGGUAACCCAAUGAAGUUCACACAUAUUUUCCACUUGGUCAACAAUGCAGGAGCUUUCAACUUGAUGAAUGAGUUCCUUCGUUUGAAUCUCGAAUAA